CCAAGAAUGUAGUUAUUGAUGGAAGAGUUGUCAUUUUUAUUCUGGUUCCUGCUCUGUGGAACAGAGUGGCCCAGUUUCUUAGAUUGGGCGUGGAAGCUAGGUUUUUAGGUCACCUUACCUCAGUUUCUUAUGCUAUGGUUUCUGCACAUCACAUGGAUCAUUUUCCUGAGUGUUAUGUAACGGUUCAAGACGGGUCUUUUACUCUUCAGCUAUAAGGAAAAAAAUAUAAGGUUCCCUUUGGAGGGGACCUUCUAGUUACAACUCUGGUCUUUUGCUUGAGAACAGUUACAACAAAAGGUUCUCUGGUUCUUUAACUGUUAGUGAAUAUUGGUGGAAUGAGAAUGUUGUAGUGAUGAUUUGUGGUUCUUUCCUUCCCCAUCUCAGAAUCUCUUUUUGAAUAAAGAAACUGAAUGCUUAGGUCAAGCCCACUUGCUGAUGCCUUUCUUGAACUCUUCAAACCGUGUAAUAAACUAACUAAAAUGCCCAACAUUUUUUUUGCGUCUGAACUGUAAAUUAAUAUAGACAACAACGGUAAAUUUAUAUAACUAUGGGAUGAUGAGAAAUGAAUAUACAGGUGGCCAACGCUGCCUUUAAUAGUGCUCUUGAAGGCGAUGAAUGAGAACAAGAAACAGAAAAGCAUGAGAUUGAGAUUGAUAAUAAUAAUGACAGAACUUAAAAUUUGGGAGCCUCAUUGUAUUAAACAAAAGAAAUAUAUUUGUGAAUAAUUUUUUUUCUUUAAUCGGUCAGUUGAACUGUCAUUCACGUAGUCAUUGUUUAAUGUUUGCAGCUUGCUCAAGUCAAUGGAUUGGGCAGCUAGCUGCUUGAUUCUCAGUGACAUGUUCACAUUAUGAAUUAGAUCCACAUUUCCGCAGUUCUCUUUCACAUUCUUUCCCCUCUAGCACAUAUCUGGUAUUUUCUUUACACUCUUAACAACUACUAAGGUUUUCCUCUGAUCUACUUUUCUAGCCGCACCCCUCACUUACAAUCAAACCUUAAUACUUUCUCUCCUUUCUUUUUUCUCGCAUUCCCCAUUUAUCCAAGAAAUGGCCUUCAACAUGGCAGAGGCAAUUCUGAAGAAGUUGGCUCCCCUAGUUGCUGAGGAGGCAGGUCUCUUCUAGGGUCUGAAGAGUGAGAUCUUGAAACUGGAGAGCACAGUUUCAUCCAUUCAGGUUGUGUUGUUGGAUGCAGAGGAGAAGUCCAGUCUUAAUCAUCGGGUCCAACAUUAGUUGGCGGAACUGCAACAAGUCUUAUAAGAUGUUGACGACCUGAUGGAUGAUUUCUCCACCGAGUGUCUACGGAAGCAAACAAAAUGGAGGGAAAUUCCAUUACGAAUGAAGCCCGCCUCUUCUUGUCGAGUUCUAACCAAGUUGCUUAUGGUUUGAAGUUGGCUCAUCAGAUUGAGGCCAUUCGUAGCAAGCUUGUAGAUAUUGCUAAGCAGAGGGAGCAGUUCGAAUUUGAGGAUCGUGCCUUAGAGCCAGUUGUUGCUAUCAGGAAUUGGAGGCAAACUGACUAUUCUGUCCCUGGUGCAGUUGUUGGUAGGGAAUAAGACAAAGAGAAACUAAUUGAUAUGGUGCAGUCGUCAAGUUGUAAAGAGAAGGUUGCAUUCAUUCCCAUUAUCGGGAUAGGAGGAUUGGGGAAGACAACACUAGCUUAGCUUGUUUACAAUGACGAGAGAGUGAAAUCUCAUUUUGGCCUUAGACUUUGGGUUUGUGUUUCCAAGAAUUUCGACCCUAAAGUGUUGGUUAAAAAGGUUUUCGAGUCAGCCACCAAGAAGAAAGUCAAUGAUCUUGAGAUUGACACACUCAGGGAGCUUCUUCAUGAUGUGAUUAAAGGCAAGAAGUUCUUGUUGGUGCUGGAUGAUGUUUGGAAUGAAGAUAGAGAAAAAUGGGAUAGGUUCAAGAAUCUGUUGUCAAGUGGUGCUAGAGAAGGUAGUAGAAUACUGGUAACUACAUGACUUGAAAUUGUUGCGCAGAUGACAACAACCAAUGCAAUUGUGCCGCAUGAAUUACAUGGUCUGUGUGAAGCAGAGUCUUGGUCUCUAUUCAAGAACAUGGAUUUUAAGGGAGGAGUGCCACAUUAUGAAGAGAUUGGGAAACAGACUGUUCUCAAAUGUGGAGGAGUGCCUUUAGCCAUAAGAACAAUGGGUUUUGUUUUUUGUAUUUUUAAGGAUAUUGAGCAGGAGUGUGUGGCUGUAAGAAAUAAGCAAAUUUUGAGCCCGAACUUGCAUGAGACAGAAAAUGGAAUCCAGAAAAACUCUUCGAUUGAGUUAUUAUAACCUGCCUCCAAUUUGAAGCGUUGUUUCGCAUAUUGUAGCUUGUUUCCCAAAGAUCAUGAAAUUGAUGUGAGAAUGUUGAUACAGUUCUGGAUGGCACAAGGGUAUAUUGAGUCUACUCGAGAGCCGUCUCUCGAGGAUGUUGGUGUUGAGUGUUGACUACUUCAAAAGUCUUCUUUGGAGGUCCUUCUUUCAAGAUGUGAUGAAGGAUAGAUGGGGAAAUAUAAAACACUGUAAAAUGCAUGAUUUAGCUGAGGAAGUUGCUGGAAACGAGACUGUUGUUAUGAAUGUCUUAAAACCAAUUGACACUUGUCUCUGUAGCUACAACGCCAACCUUGAAAGAAUUCGACAUGCAUCAGUUCAGUCCAUGCACAGGAUGACUGAGGAUUCAUGGCAAGUUUCAAAUUUUUUGGAGAAAGCAACAAAAAUGCGUUCACUUAUGAACAUAAUGCACAAUCUAGAUUUGAAUGGAGGUCAACACAAGGCAGUCCUCUCAAAAAUGUCGAGCGUGAGAGCACUAGCUAUGGAUCGUGCAGGAAUAACAGAGAACAUCUCACCUAUCAUUGGUAAGCUGAAACAUCUUAGGUACAUCAACUUUCUUGUAAUAUAACAAUAGUGCUUCCAGACGAGAUUGCUAGCCUAGUGAACUUGCUAGUGUUCAGGUUGAAUGGGUGUAAGUUUCUUGAGCAACUACCAAAAGACAUUAUGAAGUUGUCCAAUCUUAUGUAUCUCAAUCUAGAUGGUUGCUCUAUAUUGAAACGUCUCCCUGUUUGGAUUGGAUAGCUCUCAUAUCUGCGAGAGCUGUCCUUAUUCGUAGUGGCGGAAACAGAAGACUCUGGAGCUGCUAGAAUUAGUGAGCUGAAGCGGUUGAAUAACCUAGGCGAGAGUUUGUGCAUUAGAGUGUUGGAACGGAUGAAGGACGAAUCUGAAUCCAAGGCAGCCAUUUUAAAAGAGAAAAUCAAUCUCCAACGCUUAG